AUGGCAAAGACUCCGCUGGGAAAAGUCGUCGAGGGGAUGAUCAAUGCCCCUUCGCCCAAACCCGAGGAGGGCUGGACGCUCGGUUGGGAUGUAGUGGUCUCCUACUCGGAGGAGGAAAUCAACCAGAAUCUGGCCCGGAGCUGGGAGAAGCACCGAAACGAAAUGGUCGAGGAAAUCAAGGUCUCGACGACGGUGGAGAAGCAAUAUGAUGACUUUGACGACGAUGACAGCGAUCCAGUCACGCGGGACAUCGUGAUGAAAUUCGGCGCCCCCAAGAUCCAAUUCGCGAGUGGCACAGCAUCGCCGACGGUUAACCUCAUCUUGCCUGUGCGCCAGGGAAGCUCUAAGCUCUCUACAAAGCCUUCUGCCUUUGAGUUCCCGGAGGACACAUAUCAAAUUUCCCUCAAAAACAUCCCCCUCGGUAUGGUCAAGGGCGACUACUACGAGAUACAAGCCAAUAACCGCAGUGGGAGCCUGCCCCCGCCAAUCGAGGGAGACAAGGAAUGCCGAUUCGAGAGCAAACUCCCCGAUAAUGCCCGAGACGAUUUUGAGGUCUCUUGGGUAGUGCUCGCGUUCUCCCUGAAGGAGGGUGACCUGCAAGUGGCUGCCGAGAUGGCGCCUGGCCAUGAGUUGGACAGCACAAGAGCCCCGAAUGAAAAAGCCAAACGCCGGAUCAAUGCUGGACGGGAAGGGGUCGAAACCGCGGCAAAGGUGUUCUUCGUCGGAACUCGCGCGACGGAUUUCCAGUCCACGUUCAAUGUCCUUCGACAUGCACUGGCAACCAUCAAGGACAAGCAACACUCCCAGCAGGGGCCGGUCCAUCCGAACCUCACCCCCAGAAAAUUUCGCAUGGCGGUUUUGCAGGGUAGCACUGUCAAGCCAAUUCUGUCGCUAUUUAUCCAUGUCGUGGAUGGGGUAGACGAGGGUGAAAUCAACGAUCUACAAAUGAGAUGGGCAGGCAUCUGGCUCAAUGCCAAAGUGGCUCCGAUCCCAUCGACCCACACGGCCUCCAUCCUCAUUCAUCCCCAGUUGAUCUACAAAAACCUGCUGUCCAAUUCGCUCGUCCAAGAAGCCAACAAAGGAUGGGUAUUUGAACCCCUGAUAGGGAAAAAGGGUGGCGGCAUCGCCGUUGAGGCCAAAUUCACGGAGACGCUCAGCGUCCCCCAAAUAUUUGUGGAAAGAUUCCCUUCGAAGGGCGAAAUAACCUCGUCCACGGUCGAUCCAUGGUCUGAAGAUCUGAAAAAUUGGAAGACAACGCUCAAGCUAGACCACGACAUUCCUCUGAGAAUCAACUCCACCGACUACGACAUUACUCUCGAGGCCGACACGGAGCAACUGGCACAAUCCUGGCAAUUCAGUGAAGAAGAACUGUCAGUCGACUUCGCAGAUAAAGUACACAAUCUUGCGACUAAGUCGUUCUUCGCUGAUGAGGACAUGACCCGGGCAGUGGUAGCCCAGACAAAGGAAGAAUUACGCAAAAACAUUCCUACACUCACGUUUGGAGAAAUGGGGCUAGGGUUCUUUCUUACCACUAAUCUGCUUAACCCCGGGGCCAAGGUCAUCAGGAUCGAUGAGAAAGUUGGCUUCCGGGUUCCUGGGAACCUAUUACUGGUUGGACAUGUUGUUCAAGGUCAGGACAAUAUCAAGUCAGGCAAGAUCUGA